AAAAAAAGAGAGAGAGACAGAAUUCUAUGUAGUUGAGGAAUGAAUGGGCCAGUCAGAUUCUGCCCUAAAUAAAAGGAAGAAUAACUGAGAUACCAGCCAUUUCCCUUAUUUCUCUGACAUACUUUUCUUUCUUCAUAGCACCUGGAAUGGAUAAAAGUGGCAGUUUUUGUUUCUUCCCAUGAGGUUGUGUAUCUGGAAUGAGAACCAGGAAAUUAAUCUAGACUAAGACAUUUCUAAGGACCUGGAAUGGCUUUGGGGAGCACCAGGAGGACCCGAAAAGAGUAUUUGAGGGCCUAGAGGGACAGAAGAGUUUGCCAAUAGGAUUUAUGAGAAACAAUUGAUCAGAAACAGCAGCAGAGAAACCUUUUAGAUUUCUUCUGUGGAAAAGUUGAGUCUUGGUUCAAAUUAAGUAAAAUAAACACUGAAGAGAAAUAAAAGUCUCAAAUAUAAAAAGUAUGUUACUUAUAAUGUAAAUUUAGGAAAACAAAUGAAAGGACAUCUUUAAAAUUUUUUAACUAUAGUGAAAUAUUUGUAAAACUUUUGGGCUCAUCUCUAAGAAUUGCUGUGAUUCUGAAACUUGAUAAUAUCUCAAAUAGAGAACAGUUUCAGUGAAAAAUAGCACUUGAGAAUACAUCAGAUGUUCCCAAGAAAGAAGAUCUGAGAAUGGUAAAGUGCCACUGACAAAUAAAUUAUUUACAUACUUACAUAUUACCUUGGCAAACACAAGAGACAUUCAAGUUAAAGCACGGUGCUUGAGAAUACUAUAUUGAAUGCAGUAAAGGUUGGAUUUCAUUCAUAUGUACAACAGAAACUACUUUCUUCUUCACUUCAAGAUUCGGUACAACUGUUCCUGAAUUCCAACUCUCCAUACAUCCCCAUGUCAGGGUCCUUGUAGGUCGGAGCCCUUAUCCAGGUAGAUGAACUGCUGCCCAGUGAACGCUAUGUACACAGCAAUUUGAGCACCAUUCUCUUUUCUGGCAGUGAGGUAAAAUCGGGUCUUUUUGGAAGGGGAGAAGCCACAUUGCAUCUCUGCUACACACAAGAUUACUCUGUCAUUGCCUUUGAGUCUUUCACACUCCCUUCUUCUCAAGCAUCAGUUCUUAUGGAAACUUAUCCCACCUGGGUCCUUUCUUGUGGGCACAUCUUGCUCAAUCCUUCCUCUCUUCAUAUUGUCCCUUUUCCUGUAUUGAGUUAGGGAAAGUAUGCAGGUAUUCCUGUCAUUCCUGACCGAGGCUGUUGUAUCUGUCAAAAGAGAGAAGUAGGAGGCAUUCUGAAAAAUGAUCACUGAUGGCUUGCAGGAGCAAGAGCCAGACAGGAAUUUGGAACUGGCAGCUGUCUGAGUACGUAAGACCUCCACCUCUAGACUAGCUCUUCAGUCAUGGUUAUCCCCUUCAGUCCAUUAUUCUCCAAUACAAUGCCCAUGCCUUCUGGGGUUUUGAGCUAAGUUUUGUUUAGAAAAUGUGGGGGGUUUUUUUUGCCAGUUCAUUAAGGCUUUUCCCUUUGUUUUCUCCUGUUGGUGGUUCAGAGUUAAAUUCAGUAUGAAUAAGAGAGGGAAAUACACAACCCUGAAUUUGGAGGAGAAAAUGAAGGUUCUAAGUAGAAUUGAAGCUGGACGAUCACUUAAAAGUGUAAUGGAUGAAUUUGGAAUCAGUAAGUCAACAUUUUAUGACAUUAAAAAAAAUAAGAAGUUAAUUCUUGACUUUGUACUGAAGCAGGACAUGCCAUUAGUAGGGGCUGAGAAGAGAAAGAGGACAACCGGAGCCAAAUAUGGUGAUGUAGAUGAUGCGGUCUACAUGUGGUACCAACAGAAACGCUCAGCCGGUGUCCCAGUAAGAGGCGUGGAGCUUCAGGCUGCUGCAGAGAGAUUUGCACAGUGUUUUGGGCGAACAGAUUUCAAAGCUAGCACUGGUUGGCUUUUUAGAUUUCGAAAUCGGCAUGCAAUUGGGAACCGAAAAGGAUGUGGGGAACAAGUCCUAAGUUCAGUUUCUGAAAAUGUUGAGCCAUUUCGACAAAAACUGUCCAUGAUAAUUAAAGAGGAGAAACUGUGUCUAGCUCAGCUAUACAGUGGGGAUGAAACAGACCUCUUUUGGAAGUCAAUGCCAGAAAAUUCUCAGGCAAGUAGGAAAGAUAUCUGCCUACCAGGGAAGAAAAUAAACAAAGAAAGGUUGUCUGCCCUUUUAUGUGCAAAUGCAGACGGAACUCAUAAAUUAAAGUCAGUCAUUAUUGGAAAAUCAAAACUGCCCAAAAGUGUGAAAGAGGACACAAGUACAUUGCCUGUGAUAUAUAAACCCAGUAAACAUGUUUGGUUCACCAGAGAAUUGUUUUCAGAAUGGUUUUUUCAGAACUUUGUUCCUGAGGUCCGACAUUUUCAACUUAAUGUUCUAAGAUUUCAUGAAGAGGAUGUCAGGGCAUUGUUACUUCUGGACAGUUGCCCGGCUCAUCCUUCCUCUGAAUCCCUAACCAGUGAGGAUGGUCGAAUAAAAUGUAUGUUCUUUCCCCAUAACACUUCAACCUUGAUUCAACCAAUGAAUCAAGGUGUGAUCUUGAGCUGCAAACGGCUGUAUAGAUGUAAGCAACUUGAAGAGAGUCUUGUAAUAUUUGAAGAAAGUGAUGAUGAGCAAGAGAAAGGAGAUAAAGGAGUUUCCAAAAUUAAAAUCUACAAUAUAAAAAGUGCAGUUUUUAACUGGGCAAAAAGUUGGGAUGAAGUAAAACAAAUAACCAUAGCAAAUGCGUGGGAAAAUCUUCUUUACAAAAAGGAACCUGAAUAUGAUUUUCAAGGCUUAGAAGAUGUGGAUUAUAGAGAAAUUCUUGAAAAAUGUGGGGAAUUGGAAACUAAGUUGGAUGAUGAUAGAGUGUGGUUAAAUGGAGAUGAAGAAAAGGGUUGUCUCCUAAAAACCAAAGGUGGAAUAACAAAGGAAGUUGUUGAAAAAGGAGGAGAAGCUGAGAAGCAGACUGCUGAAUUUAAAUUAUCUGCUGUAAGAGAGAGUUUGGACUACCUUCUUGACUUUGUUGAUGCCACACCUGAGUUUCAGAGAUUCCACUUCACACUGAAAGAGAUGCAACAAGAAAUAGUCAAGAAACAAUUCCAGAGUAAAAUCCAUUCUAGAAUUGGUAGCUUUUUGAAACCUAGGCCUCAUAAUAUUAAGGACUCCUUCAGUGGGCCUUCAACUUCCGCUUCUAAUCAUUAGAUUUUGUGUUUAAAGAUUUCUGCCGUUACAUGAUGUAGGCCAGCUGUGAAUUGUCAUGUUUUAGCAACUGACAUUAUUUUGUUUAUCAGUGCCCAUUUAUAUAAUGGUUAUAAAAUUUACAGUUUGAAAAUAA